UGUAGAAAUAGAAGAUGCACCCCAUUUUGUUUUUUCACAGUAGUUGUACGAGGUACAACGUGGUCGGCACGCUAAGAAACCAUCAGUGCCGAUGAAUCGAGCUUGAGGAAUGGUUAGGUUCAAAAGCAUUGUUUGAACUUCUCGCGCUCACAUUGUUUUAAUAACGUGCAAGGGAGCCAGAAGCGGGAGGGUAUAGAGAUCUGACGAGAAUACUGAGAUGCAUAAUAAAACAGUGUUACUCUUGGAUUAAACUUGGUGAGAAAUGCGAAGAGGACUUAUCUCAAUGGGGCUGAACUUGUUGGAGGAUGAAGACCUGUAUGGAGAUUGACACUCAUUGGCAGCUGCCCACAGUACAUUAUGAAGCUGAGUUGCUGAACCCCCGCCGUUCCAACUCCUAGCGCACCAGUCUUUUUGAUAUUAAUUGAAGGGCUUAGAACUCACCAUCUCCAUUCAAUGCGCUUGUGGCUGUCUGCAUAUAGAAGCAGCUUGGAUAUAAGUAGUCGAGCAUUCAAGACUAGCUAUAUCUGAAUACUCUUCACAAGUACGUUUAGUCUUCGUCUUGUUUAUUCUCCUUUGCUCUCAUUCAUCAGCUUUUUCACUCAUCACCUUGCCCUAGUUUCUGUGUUUGCAGUUCGUAUCCCCGUGUCUCCAUCUUACUUUGCCAUCUAGGAUUAAUCAAUCGUGCUUGAUUGUACUGGACUUCAGGUGCUUCUCCAAUUACUAAAUCUCGCCGAGCUCUUCCAGGCUUUCUCAGCCACGUGCCUGCGUCUGUAUCUGCGAUUCAAUGAGUUACGGAAAAAUCAUAAGAGGACUGGACGAGCAUGGCAAUUAGCUGCAGAGUAUGGCGACUCCUGCUGGCAUUAUGCACCCUAGGAUCAGUUGGCAUGGAGUCAGUAAAUGCGCAGUUCUUCAACAAUUUCUACACGACCAAGGGGUGCGACUCAGCAGAGGCCAUCGUCACUCAAGCUGUCACGGAAGCGUUCAAUCAAGACCCCAGCGUCGCUCCCGCCCUCAUCAGAAUGCUGUUCCAUGACUGCUUUGUGGAGGGUUGUGAUGGUUCCCUUCUCCUGGACCCCACCCCCCAGAAUCCAAAUGUGGAGAAACUGGCGUUACCGAAUCUCUCCGUAAGAGGAUAUGAAGUGAUUGAUGCCGCCAAGAUGCAGCUCGAGAAGACGUGUCCCAGAACCGUAUCCUGUGCCGACAUUGUGGCGCUUGCGGCACGCGACGCAGUGCUGUUGACUGGUGGACAGCACUUCGAUAUGCCCACGGGCCGUCUGGAUGGAAUGGUUUCAACUGCCGACAACGCCAACAACAAUUUAGUGUCAACCCGAUCCUCUGCAACGGAGCUCACCCGAAAAUUCUUGGAACAGGGUCUCGGCCAGGAUGAUAUGAUAACGCUAUCUGGAGCCCACACUGUUGGAAAAACGACAUGCGGCCAAAUCACGUCUCGUCUGUACAACUUCCCUGGCACUACCAACGGCGUGGACCCCACUCUGGACUUCGACUAUGCCCUGCAUUUGCAACAACUGUGUCCUCAGAAUGGUAAUCCGAACGACCCAGUCCCACUAGACCCAGUCUCUCCCAACACCUUCGAUAACAUGUACUACACCAAUGGCGUCACGGGACGCGUUCUUUUUCCAUCCGACAACGUUCUGUUCGCCGACCACCAAACGCAAUUCGCAUCCAACUUGAAUUCACAGAACGGGCAAUUCUGGCAGAUGAAAUUCGCGAAUGCACUGGUGCGCAUGGCUUCGAACAAGGUAAAGCUGGGCGUUCCCAACCGAAAUGGUGAAAUACGAAAGAAUUGCCGAUUCACGAAUGCUGCUACUGGGUCUAGUACAAACAAUUGAGUGACUACCUCAACCGCAGCUGAACCUGUGUGCAUCGCCACAAACAUUUAAGUUGAUGUUUCCAUUUUGACUCGCAACGACUAGAAUUGAGUUUUUCAGAUUUAGGACUAAUUCAAAAUAAGUCACUGUCAAGGAUGACAGUAGCUAAUUGUCUAGAAUGUAAUGAAUCCGUUACCCUUUCGAGAUCGAGACCAAGUCUGCUGAGAAGAUGUAUGCACCCUGGAAUACAUCAUUGAUUGAUGAGAUUGAUGCUUUUCAUGCUUUUCUGCUGCAUCUAAAUCCACAGUGACACGAUUGUAUCACCUUUUGUACAUUAUUCAGUGCAACCACUUCAAGAAGGUUCUGUAAAUUCAGUAGAGUAAUCAAAAUGCAAGUUGCUUGUGUUAUUCCCACAAGCUUUUUUUCAGAGGCUUCGGCAAUAAAUCGCCUUUGGCAGUUAUGCUAA